GAUAGAUAACACUUUAAUUGUGACGAGGAUAAUGAGACUGUCUGGAUAUAUUCAGGCUAUUUACGUUGCAAUCGCAACUAUUUGUUUUAUAAUAGGCUGAUUCUGUAAAUGUACCUUGCAUAUAACUCCAAUACUCGCGAAGCCCUCUUUACUGGGGACAGCUAGUGUUAGGCGAAACAGUCGAGAAAGUCUCAGAAAUUUCCAGUACCAUCAUCUAGACUGACAGUCAAUUUUGCUACAACUAGACCAACGGGCCACCCAUAAGCAUACAUUAAGUUGAUGCCUUACUUUCCAUACUGACGCAAGAGUAUGGUUAGAAGCUCCUUCGGUUGCAAACUGUCGCGGGGAUACAGUCUUAACCUGCCACUACUGUGAUACGCCUUUAACCAAGAGGACGUGGAGCAGAAAAAUUGGGCACGUCUGGGAAACAAUUAUGGAAAACGGAACACAAAUUGGACCUUGGCAUAGGCUAAUAAUUAAAGAAGAAAUCAACGGAUGGUUUUCGUUGAUAAUAAGUGGUGCAGAUAAUAUGGCUGCAGGCAUGUAUAGGUGUGGAGUAGGACAGUACCAGUCUGAAGGAACAGAGUUGCGUGUCGAGUGUAAACCCGAAAAAGUUGAGGUUCGUCUUACACCCGAAAAGUUUAUAGAAAUUAAGAUGAACACAGUGUUUCCUGUCCCAAAGCUUAACUUCACGCUUACGGACGAAUCAAUGAACGGUACUGCAGUAACGUUUCAAUAUCCGAAAUGCAGGGGCCACAGCUGGAUACAAGACUGCGUUUGGACUUCAACAACAGUCUUUCCUGACGGUCUUCACAGCUACACAUUAAUUGCAACAACAUUUACUAAGACAUUAUUCACAGGAAUCUUUAAUUGAUCAUUUAGAUUUCAGUACAGGUCAAAUAUAUUUCAUGAACGUUGCAUUUUUAUAUUUUGGAAUUGCUUUUUCAUGCGUGUGCAAUUACGCGUUUAAAAAGAACGUAAAUAACAUUUUCAUUGUUAUGUUUCCAUAGUGAUGAUUAUACUGCCUUUGCAUGAGAAAUGGGAAAGGAUCUACUUUCCAUUUGCAGUUGCAAUAAGGAACUGACACUGAUGUUUCAAUACACGAUUUCUAGAUUAUCCAUGAAAUAGUCAUAUGUUUUGUUGAAAAGAAAUUCCAUGCAGACUCGAAGUAAUAUUAAAAAUAUGUAAUGGAUAUUAAGUAAAAACUAACUGUCAGAUUUAUGAAAACAGAUUUGAAAGCUGAUAUAAUAAAAAACAAGUAUAAUAGCAACGGAGGAGUCUUAUAAUAUCCCUAUUGCAUAACGAUAUAUACAUGGCGACUCAAAAAAGAAAUGAAAUUAGUUAACUUUAUAUUUGAUUUUCUGUUUAUGUGUGUUAAAUUUAUGUCAUAGAGAUAUGAUAUUAUGAAAAUUGUUUAUACUACACUUUUCUGUUAUUAUAAUAUUGUACAUAAAUGUAUAAACCGCCACACAGUAAUUUGACGAUGGACAUAUGUAUGUUUAUGCCAAUAAAAUAUUUGACUUGA